GGAAGCGCGAGGCGCCCGCGGGGUGCUCGGUCGGUGUCAUGAGUCCCUGAGGCCGGCGCGCGUCGGGGGGCCUCGCUAUGGGGGGACCGCUCGCUUUGGUCUCCGCCAACAGUAGCCGCCCCGCCGUGUCCUCGGGGGCCGGGCCCGGGGACGGCUACCGGGGCUGCGAGAACGGGGCCCUCAUGGACAGCUUCGGCAUCUUCCUGCAGGGGCUCCUGGGCGUCGUGGCCUUCAGCACCCUCAUGCUAAAACGCUUCAGAGAACCAAAGCAUGAAAGACGUCCUUGGAGGAUAUGGUUUUUAGAUACGUCCAAACAAGCCAUAGGGAUGUUGUUCAUACACUUUGCAAAUGUGUAUUUAUCAGACCUAACUGAAGAGGACCCUUGUUCACUGUACCUUAUAAACUUCUUGCUGGAUGCAACUUUAGGGAUGCUGCUAAUCUACACUGGUGUGCGUGCAGUCAGCAGCAUUGUGGAAUGGCAGCAAUGGGAGUCCCUUCGCUUUGGUGAAUAUGGUGACCCGCUGCAGUGCAGUGCUUGGGUGGGACAGUGUGCACUGUACAUAGUGAUCAUGAUGUUUGAGAAAACCAUCAUCAUUAUAGUCCUCCUAAUACCUCAAUGGAAAGAGGUAGCUUUAUGGAAUCCUAUAGAGAACCCCCAGUUGGAGCUGGCUAUCGUCAUGCUGAUAGUUCCCUUCUUUGUUAAUGCAUUAAUGUUCUGGGUAGUGGAUAACUUUCUUAUGAAGAAAGGCAAGACAAAAGCUAAACUUGAAGAAAAGGAAGUGGGGCAAGAUUCAAGGAAUGGAAGUAAAGUCCGAUACAGGAGAGCAGCAUCACAUGAAGAGUCAGAGUCAGAAAUCCUUAUUUCAGCAGAUGAUGAAAUGGAGGAGUCAGAAGUUGAAGAGGACCUACGGAGACUGACUAACUUAAAGCCUGUUAAGAAGAAGCAUCGAUUUGGGCUGCCUGUAUGAUGCAUUCCUGACCUGUGUAUUUGCAGGUUUCAUGGCAUAAUCUUCUUGGUCAGUGGAUUUUCACUUUGCAACAGCAUCCCUUUUUUCCUACUAACGGUUACUCAGCAACAGGUCUGUGAUUAGGAUGCAGGUAGUUUGAAGCAUUCCAGUUCAGUUGCACUACAGAAACACUGACCAAAUAUGCAAGAGCGUCUUUUCAUCAUUUAUGGAAACACAGCAUUGUGAGGGACCAGACACUAAAAUUCUGGUUUGUAUCGGACACUUCAGAGAAGGCCACAGAAAAAUGAUUACUCAGUGUUGACUCACUUAUGGUUCCUGUGGUGAUUCAAUGCAAGACAUUCUGGAAAAAGGCAUCGGGAUUGACUAAGUGGAACCAGUGUGUUUCAUUACUAAAACUGGCAAUUGCAACAUAUUAAUACCUAGAGCAGAAUAGUUUUAUUGUUACAAGCUGUAACUUAAUGUUAUUUUUUUAAGUACAUGUUUACUUCCUACAAGGUACCUAUGGAACUAAUAGGCAGAACAAAGAUUUUUUUCAAGUCUCCUCUAACCUAUUUGACUAUUUUAUAUUUAAGUUAUAUUUUCAUACUGUUAUAUUUAAGGAUUCUCUGUCAGAGAGAAGGACACUAUUCCCUUUUUUGUGUGGAAAAAGAUCAAAAGAUUUGCAGUGAAGUUCUCAUUCAUCCUCGUCACUUGAUUAAGAUAAGGCAAAUGAUGUUUUCACAAAGGGAAAAGCUUUCUUUCACUGUUGAAACCACCAAAUGUCAACUAGAAAUAUAGCCCCAAGUGUGGUUUUGGCAACGUCGUUUAACAAUAGUAUUUUGUAAAAUGGACAUGUUCUCUGCAUAUUUGGCGAUAUGCACUUUAGCAGAUAAAGAAAACAAAUUUUUAUGAUAGUUUCCUCAUCUGUGAAAUGAACUUCUAAUGAUGACUUCAUCAAUAUUUGUCUCUUAAGAACUUGCAAGUCUCUGACCGUACCUCUCAACUAUUCCAAAGGAGGCAGAACAUUCUCUCUUUACAUUCCUUAUAUGGGAUCUAGCAUACGAGACACUGAUCUGAUUAGAGCUCUUAGCACUACCUUAAUACAUAUAAUUCUUCCUCUGGGUUGCGUUUUUACUUAAGAUUUUUUCCAUUAAAAUAUAAAUGUGUAAUGCUGACCUUUAAUAACAAUACUUCAUUUGAAGGCUUUAAAACAUACUUCCCCAGUGUACACAUUCCUUAAUUCCUAAAAAAAAAAAAGCCUAUUUGUUUCUCCCUUUCUCUAUUUGGAAUAAAACUGAGAGGUACAGUGCACCUGUUACUACAUCUAAGAUGUCUGUGGCUUUCAGUGUCGUCUUUCCGUGGUUAAUGAAAAUAUAUCUGCUGGUGUUGAACCCUUGUAGACAUGUUUUCAGUGACCUCCUGUUCCUUUGUGUAUUUCCCAAAUGGUCGCUACUGUUCGGACAGCUUUCUUUGAUUCAAUUAAGCCUUGUGUAGGAUGAGGUGAUGUGCCAAAAAGAUGGCAAAGAUCAGAAAUAAGUUGCAAAUCUAGACAUCAGAUGUGUUCCAAGCCUUAAAAAAAACCAAACAAGUUCACUGGAAGACAGCUCAGAACUUUUUAAAGAUUUUUUUAAAUUUUGUAUAUAUUUAGUAGGUCUUAAUGGGGUAUGUUAUCAAUACUGCUGAAGUGGGGUCGGUAGGCCUUUGGAAAUACUGUGUACUCCCUUGCUCACCUUCACUAUUCAGAUAUUUGUUUACUGCUUGGCUAUUGAGGUAAACAAAAUGUCCUGGGACUUCCUCCGUACACCUCAAUCUGUCCAGCUGACUAAAAGGGACAUUUUACCACACCUGACAUUUGAGCUAGCUAGAGCCCCUGAUCACUGUUACUGUGUGCUAAAACGUAAUAUUUGCAGUAAGUUAAAUGUUAAUGUUUUUCUUACAGUAAAUCUAAAAACUAAGGAAAACAGACACUUGCCUAAUUUGAGUUUCUCUGAAGUAUGAAGUAAGGAAGUGUAUCUAAUCAAUUUAUUAGCUUACAUUUUCAGUAAAUGUUUCAGCUUAUUUGAUUUACACCUUGUCUUGAUUAUUGUACAAUCAGGCAGGUUCAACCUCUCCAGUACAGUAAUUUAAGGAAUUCACUUCAAUGCACAGUAUAUCUAGUACAACUUUGCCACCCCCAUAGGAAUUAAGAACUAAUCUCCUCUGUUCACAAACUCUUCAGUAUUUUUAGUCAGGAGUUUGAGGGGAUUUACCUAGGCCUUGUUCUAUUUGAGGUAAUGAAAUAAAACAGCUGAUGCAUUCUUUAUUCCACCAUAUUAUACUUACCUAUCCACUUUAGUCAUUAGGGAUCAUUUGAACAGCGCACAAAUUAUGAGCUUUAUUUUUUUCCUUCUUGUGUUCAAAUUAUGCAGAAUAUCAAAAUGAGCUUCACUUCUAGUGUCAAGUUUAGUCUGUGAACCAUCAAAUGGCCUUAAUCAUGUAAAAAGAGCUUCUUUUGUACAGACCUCAUAUUUACUGUCCUAGUAAAGAUGGCAUAAAGCACCAUAGAGCCGUUUUCUUCAGAUUGUUUUAAGGGUAAAAAUGCUUUUUUUCCCUCUUUUUUCCCUUAAGUGCUUCAAUACCUCUGGGUCGAGGUUUAUAGGUAUUGUAACAGUACUUGUGACAUAGUGAAAUUCUAUUAGCCAAAGACUCUUGAGUAUUUCACAUUCCCACAGUCAUAACAUGGAAAAUGAAUACCUUUUAUUAAAAAGGUUGUUUGAGCAUUGUUUGAUAUAGUCUCCUCUUUUUAAUACUGGACUCUUAAAGUUCCCCCAAGUGACAGCAAGAAGUUAAAUUUUUGCUCAUUAGUUUUGAUGAAGAAAAGGAAAAUAUUAAAUUAUUUCCCUGUUUGCAAAAGUCUUAAAUGAAAAAAAAUGAAUUCAUGCAGUAGUUACAAGUUUAUACAUUUUUUCUUUGAAGCCCAGACAUGUAACAUCUAGUGCUUCACUGUGUUUUGCUGUUAGAUGGAGUAUUUUGGCAGUACAGUUUAAGAGAAACUAUUCCCUAAUGAGUUCAUAUGAUGAUAAUUUGAAGACCUGGCAGCACAUAUGUGAUUCUCCUCCAAAUGUUAGUCUGCUGUGGCAAAUCCAUCCUUUAGACAACUCACAAUAGGUUUAAUUCAGACUGUACUUAUAAAAGGUAGUCAUUAUUCCAUAAUUUGUUUAAUUAAAAUAAGCUUGUGUAUAAAUAAGUAAGACAGGGAUUCUAACUUUAAAUGUAUGGUUGAGCAGAAAUUAGAAAUAUUGGAGGUCAAGAUUCACCACAACUUGUCAACCUUACAACACAUGAAUCGGUUAUAUCUGCGCUGUGACAUGUUGUCAUCUAAUAUGUGGUCUUAAAGUUCUGGCUUUAAUGCGUUCAGGUCCCCUUGUCUUUCUUUAUGUAGUAAAAUGCUGUAUAUUAAUGUUGCUGACUAAAAUGUGCUAUAGCUUUUCUUCAGGGAAAAUUCAUACUUUUUGAGUUGUGAACUUAACUAAAACAAUGCAAAGUGUUCCAGAGGUCUUCUAACAAGUGUAUGCACCGUUUCCAGCUGUGCCUGAUGGGGAAAGGAAUGUUCAGCCUUAGCAGUGAAGGGUUGAGUAUCUUAAGGAAUUUCUGCCAUUGCUUGACUAACCCCAAGUCUGCAACGUGCUCUGCUUUUUGCAGCAGCAAACAGUAGUGAAAGUGAACAAAUCCAGCCACAUCAGGUCAAAGUAGAUCUACAGCACAGCUGUGUAACCUUUUUUUAGACAAUAUUUAGUCUCCAUUUCAAUGACUGAAAAUGACUACUACAGUUCUACAAAGUAAAACUACACCAUCUUUAAAAAAGGGACUCUUUUUUGUAAUUGGGUUUUUGUCUUGCUUGGGUGUGUCUCAAAGUGAACUUUGGAUUUAUUUGUUCAUAAGUAAAUUGGGAGUAGAGCUUAUGUCAGCAAACAAUGACAAAUCUGCUGCCCUCUGUUUGAACCAUAUUGUUUAAUCAGUGGUGUUACAUUAAAGUUUAAGGGUAUAUGAUGUAAGGGUACUUACAUUGUAUAAUGGUUUACAAUAAAGUUUGACUUAUUACAGA